CUGGCUUAGCCUUAGAUUCAAGGAUUUGGCAUUGAAGGAGCUAUAAAAGCGUGGCCCUGCCGCUCAGGAACCUGCUGCACUCCUUUUGUAAUGCUCUGCGUCCACUGAGCCAGACCCCUCAGACAGGGCCCUCAGCUGCAGAUAUGGCUGUGUUUCUGUUACUGUGUGUGUUUUUUGCUGUGGGUCUGGCUUUGUUGGCGCUGCAGUUGAAGCUCAGGAUGUCUGUGCACGGCCCUCAGGAACCCCCUCGCCUUCCAUCACUCCCAUUGAUCGGCAGUCUCCUGAGUUUGCGGAGCCCACAUCCUCCUCACCUGCUUUUCAAAGAACUACAACGGAAAUAUGGACAGACCUACUCUCUGAUGAUGGGCUCCCAUUGUGUCGUCAUCGUCAACCACCACACACACGCCAAAGAAGUGCUGAUGAAGAAAGGAAAGAUAUUUGCAGGAAGACCCAGAACCGUAACAACAGACGUUCUGACCAGAGAUGGCAAGGACAUUGCAUUUGGAGAUUACAGUACUACCUGGAGAUUCCACAGGAAAAUAGUACAUGGAGCUCUGUGCAUGUUUGGAGAGGGCUCUGCCGCCAUCGAAAAGAUAAUCACUGCAGAGGCUCAGUCUCUGUGUGCAAUCCUGUCUGAGGCAGCAGCAGCUAGACUGGCCCUGGAUCUGUCUCCUGAGCUGACAAGGGCCGUCACCAAUGUCAUCUGUGCUCUCUGCUUUAACUCGUCCUACCGCCGAGGAGACCCAGAGUUUGAGGCCAUGCUGAGCUACAGCCAGGGCAUCGUGGAUACAGUGGCAAAGGACAGCCUGUUGGACAUCUUCCCCUGGUUACAGAUUUUUCCCAAUGCUGAUCUGCGUCUUCUCAAGAAAAGUGUUGCCGUCAGAGACCAACUUCUACAGAAGCAAUAUGAUAAACACAAGGCGGAUUACAGUGACUCUGUGCAGAGGGACCUGAUGGAUGCUCUGCUGAGAGCCAAGCGCAGCGCUGAGAACAACAACACAGUAGAGAUCGGGGCAGACUCUGUGGGUCUCAGUGACGAUCACCUCCUCAUGACUGUGGGAGACAUCUUCGGAGCCGGCGUGGAAACCACCAGCACCGUGCUCAAAUGGGCCAUAACUUACCUCAUCCAUCACCCACAGGUUCAAAGACAUAUCCAGGAGGAGCUGGACAGUAAAGUGGGGGGAGACAGGUCCCCCCAGCUCAGUGACAGAGGCAGUCUGCCUUACCUGGAGGCCACCAUCAAAGAGGUGUUAAGGAUCCGCCCUGUGGCCCCUCUGCUUAUCCCCCACGUGGCCCUCAGUGACAGCAGCAUCGGGGAUUUCACAGUGAGGAAGGGAACUCGAGUCAUCAUCAACCUGUGGUCUUUGCAUCAUGAUGAGAAGGAAUGGAAGAACCCUGAGCUCUUUGACCCUGGUCGGUUCUUGAACAGUGAAGGCACAGGCCUGAUCAUCCCGUCAGCCAGCUACCUGCCAUUUGGUGCGGGGGUUAGGGUGUGUCUGGGAGAGGCUUUGGCUAAGAUGGAGCUCUUUCUCUUUCUGUCCUGCAUCUUGCAACGCUUCACCCUCUCUGUCCCAUCGGGCCAACCCCUGCCCAGUUUAGAGGGCAAGUUUGGUGUGGUCCUCCAGCCUGCCAAGUACAACGUGAACGCCACACCCAGACCAGGCUGGGAGAGAAUCAAGUGCCAGCCAUGUUGAAAUGGCCCCAUGUUCCUAACAGCUUUGCAACUGAGGUUCGACUGAAGAGUGUACUGGGCCUUUUUUUUCUCAGCCAAACUCACAUCAUGCGAUAUGACGGAGCAUGGAGCACUGGACCAGGAAUAUCCUAGCAUCGUUUUGUGCACAGGACAUUAUUACCUGAUAUUGUAUUGAAAUCUCACCCAGAGCUCACGCUGCCAUAAAAUAGAGAAAAAAAACAGAUAUUUAGAGAGCAGCAGUGAGACAGCGACAUGUAUACAACAGGAAAAACUGUAUUAUUUGAAUUGUAUUUAUUACCAUUGUUUUGUGAUCAGAGCAUUUUUGGAUCAGAGCAUUUAAUUGUGUGCAAACAGGGAGUUUUGCCAAAUCUAAAAAGCUGGUAAUCAAUGUUGUUUCACCCACAAUACAAAAUAAAUCAAGGGGGGCUUAAAUGUAACUAUUCUAAAGACAUGUGUAUAACAUGUCUUUAUUCUGCCCGACUGAAAGCCUCCCUUAUAAAGUUUC